UACAUAUGUGCAUAUAUAUCCAGUCCGUAACUCCGCCAUCCGAUUCCCGUCCCGUUCGGUUCCAUACCAUACCACACCAUCCCCAUCCCCAUCCAUAGCAUCUCAUCCCCUGUGUGUGGGUUGAUUCUCGUGAUCAUUUCGCGCUGGUUGCCUCGGCGAGGGGCUGUCACCGUUUAGUUGUGCGCUGGCCGAGCAGCGAGUAACAUCCGGUCCACCGAGCCGAUCCUAUCCGAUCCGAUCCGAUCCGUUACGAUCCGAUCCGUUACGAUCCGCCAAACCCAAUCCAAGCCAGCAAUCCAUGGAUAGCUGAUCGAUCCGUGUGUACUGUGUGCGAAGUGUGCGUGCGACGAUCGAUUGGUUUACUUUUUUGUUUUGGUGUUUUCCGUGUGCCCUGGUCAAAAGCCCAGAGAGAGAGAGAGAGAGGGAGAGUGCGUGCCAGAGAGAGAGAGGGAGAGUGAAAGAGAAAGAGAAAGAGAGAGAGCAAUGGAGGUGCUGAAGAAGGACGCCGCCCUGGGCUCGCCCAGCAGCGUCUUCUACCUGCUGCUGCUGCCCACCCUGGUGCUGUGGUACAUCUACUGGCGGUUAUCGCGGGCCCACCUGUACAGGCUGGCCGGACGACUGCCGGGACCCAGGGGCCUGCCCAUCGUGGGCCACCUGUUCGAUGUGAUCGGACCCGCCUCAUCGGUUUUCCGAACAGUGAUCCGCAAGAGCGCCCCCUUCGAGCACAUAGCCAAGAUGUGGAUCGGGCCCAAGCUGGUGGUCUUCAUCUACGAUCCGCGGGACGUGGAGCUGCUGCUCAGCAGCCAUGUCUACAUCGACAAGGCCUCCGAGUACAAGUUCUUCAAGCCCUGGCUGGGCGACGGACUGCUGAUCAGCACAGGUCAAAAAUGGCGAUCGCACCGCAAACUGAUCGCACCCACAUUCCAUCUGAACGUCUUGAAGAGCUUCAUCGAGCUGUUCAACGAGAACUCGCGGAAUGUGGUGAGGAAACUGCGUGCGGAGGAUGGACGCACGUUUGAUUGCCAUGAUUACAUGAGCGAGGCAACCGUGGAGAUUCUAUUGGAGACUGCGAUGGGUGUGUCGAAGAAGACGCAGGACAAAUCGGGAUUCGAGUACGCGAUGGCCGUGAUGCGGAUGUGCGACAUCCUGCACGCCCGCCACCGCAGCAUCUUCCUGCGCAACGAGUUCGUGUUCACCCUGACGCGCUACUACAAGGAGCAGGGUCGCCUGCUGAACAUCAUCCACGGCCUGACCACCAAGGUGAUCCGCAGCAAGAAGGCCGCCUUCGAGCAGGGCACCCGUGGCUCACUCGCCCAGUGCGAGCUCAAGGCAGCCGCCCUGGAGAGGGAACGCGAACAGCUUGGUAAUGGUGGUGGUGGUGGUGGUGAGCUGAACCCGUUGGCUGGCAGCGAGGACAAGGACAAGGACAGGGAGAAGGAGAAGGAUAAGGAGAAGGAGAAGGAGGAGCAGAAGGACAAGGAGAAGGCGGCUCCGGUGGCGGGACUGUCCUAUGGCCAGUCGGCUGGCCUGAAGGAUGACCUGGAUGUGGAGGACAAUGACAUUGGCGAGAAGAAACGACUGGCCUUCCUCGAUCUGAUGCUCGAAAGUGCCCAGAAUGGAGCACUGAUAACGGACACGGAGAUCAAGGAGCAGGUGGACACCAUUAUGUUCGAGGGACACGACACCACGGCAGCCGGCUCCUCGUUCUUCCUCUCGCUGAUGGGCAUCCACCAGGACAUCCAGGAUCGCGUGCUGGCCGAACUCGACUCCAUUUUCGGCGACUCCCAGCGACCGGCCACGUUUCAGGACACACUGGAGAUGAAGUAUCUGGAGCGGUGUCUGAUGGAGACGCUGCGCAUGUACCCACCAGUUCCACUGAUCGCCCGCGAGCUGCAGGAGGACCUCAAGCUGAACUCGGGCAACUACGUGAUCCCCAGGGGCGCCACGGUGACGGUGGCCACCGUCCUGCUCCACCGCAAUCCGAAGGUCUACGCCAAUCCGAACGUCUUCGAUCCGGACAACUUCCUGCCGGAGCGGCAGGCCAAUCGCCACUACUACGCAUUCGUGCCCUUCUCGGCGGGACCACGCAGCUGUGUGGGGCGCAAGUACGCGAUGCUCAAGCUGAAGAUCCUUCUGUCGACCAUUUUGCGGAACUACCGUGUCUACUCGGACCUGACCGAAUCGGACUUUAAGCUGCAGGCGGACAUCAUCCUGAAGCGGGAGGAGGGAUUCCGCGUGCGCCUGCAGCCGCGCACCAGGUGAACCCGGUGACCGCGACGAACACGAGCUAGGCGAACCAGGUGGACCAGGUGGAGCUGGUGGAACUGGUGGCGGACAGCACACCGUACACCGAACACCGUACACUGUACACAAUGAGCUACACAGAACGGACACUUAUCCAUACAUACAUAUAUCUCCACUUGUUGGCAAGUGAUAGUCACCGGUUUAUACAGUAAUAUUGAUAAUAUUAAAUAAUAAAUGUGCUCCCACACUCGAUUUAUUGAAUAGUAUAAUGAUUAUUUUUUUGUCGCAUUUAACACGAAAAGCAACCACAACUAUCGUCAUCUUCCUUUAA